UUUGGUACUUCCACUGGGAAAAUUCGGGAUAUCAAAAAUCAUAUGGCGAAUGCGAGUCUCACAAAAAGCGUGCAGUAAAAUGCGAGAACAAGGGGAAGGAAAAUUCAUCCGUUCGGCUGGAUGAACUGAAAAUAUUAAACGAACCUAGAGAAGAAUACAGGAAAGAUCAAAGCGACUCAAGCAGGUCUUCCAGAAAAUCAAGUCAUCGCAGCCAGUCCUUGUCUAAGAAGACGCCAUCCAACAUAUCUCGACGUGCAGAAAGUGAAUCACAAAUUGUUACAGAAGAGCACAGACACACUUGCGAUGUAUCACGACUGCAAAGUAGAAUUCCAAGACGUAGUCCAAGCGUAGAACCAACCAUUCACACUAAAACGGAUGAAUUUAAAAUAUGGCUGAACCCGUUAUUCCCUUCACGAAAUUUAAUGAGAAAACUAUGCUGCAACUCUGUAGCGAAUGUUACCUUUACACCAGAAAGUGGAUCGAAAAUACCGGUACCUAUGAGAUCGUUCAGAUGGAACAAUUCCAAUAGUCCUGAUUUCUCAAGUCCUGUACGUACCUAUACAGACUCGACAAAUAUCACAGACAAUUCUCUGAUAGAAAGCAGUCCUGUCAUAGAGAUUGAGAAACCUUAUACUCAAUCGAAAAAGGAGAAUCCUUCGCUUAUCGAAAGUUAUGUUUCGCGACGUUACAAUGUUGCGAGAUUGCAAGAUGGAAGAACCGAUAGAAAAUAUGAGAUACCGUUGAAAAAUGAAAGCGAAGCUCCACAACAAUACCACGGCACGCAGAAUCCGAGACGAAUUGUGACUUGUGGAAGAAAGCUUGCACAGACUUCUUGCAGUCGACCGUUACAAAAUCUAAUGGCCGUACGUUAUGGGAAAUCGGAAGUGACGCAAAUUCCACGACGAUCUUAUGCAAGAAAAUCACCAACACGGACAUUAGACUUUUCUUUGAACUCGCUGAGUAGUUUAGAAAAGUAGUUCACGAAGAUUGCAUUACUUUAAAACUUUGAAAUAUUGGAAAUUAGAAAUAUUUUGGGAAUGGCCGUUAGA